GUCUUGCAUCCGCGGCGCUAUCUUGCGGUCUCGUCUCAGUCGUGCGGGUGGCGGGCGCGGCGCGGGAUGUCACUCUUGCCUAUAGGACAGGAUGGAGCAGAGGCCGCAGGAUGUUUGCUAUCUCUCAGUCUCGCUUUGGACCGCACCUGUCACACCACCAGUCCGCCGCCGCCUCGCCUCCCACACCCUCCAGCCCGCGUCUCACCACUCACACAGCCAUCACUCGUGCCUCUGGGAUGCCCACGGCUGGCCAGAGGUUGAGUGCACAGUGUUAUUGAGUGAAUACUUCCAUCGGUGACGCUUGGCCAGCUAUCCUCGCCGCUAACAACCCAGCUCUUGUCUUAUCUUCACCAGCGCCAGGGUUACCAUCUGUCAUCGGCAGAAGACAUGUCAUCAUCCACAUCCCCUUACAUGAGUCCCCUGCCCAGCCCGAGGUCACCUAACAGCCCCGUCAGCCCUGGGCGGUGUGUCAAGGUCAAGAAAAAUCCGUUCAGUAAUCCAGACAUGCCGGGAUAUGUUGGAUUUGCAAACCUGCCAAACCAAAUCCACCGCAAAUCUGUGAAGAGAGGCUUUGAGUUCACUCUUAUGGUUGUGGGUGAAAGUGGGCUGGGCAAAUCAACACUCAUCAACACCCUCUUCCUGACUGACCUCUACCCAGACAGAGUGGUUUCUUCUGCUCAAGAAAACAUCGAAAAAACUGUGAAGAUUGAUGUAUCAACGGUGGAGAUUGAGGAGCGAGGUGUGAAGGUGCGGCUGACUGUGGUGGACACUCCGGGGUACGGGGAUGCAAUUGACAACACAGAUUGCUUCCAGUCUAUUAUCCAGUACAUCAAUGACCAGUUUGAGCGCUACCUUCAGGACGAGUCUGGCCUCAACCGUCGCCACAUUGUUGACAACAGAGUCCACUGCUGCUUCUACUUCAUUAAUCCUGCUGGCCAUGGAUUGAAACCAUUGGACAUCCAGUUCAUGAAGCAACUCCAUAACAAGGUGAAUAUUGUGCCAGUGCUGGCCAAGGCAGACACCCUUACCAAGCAGGAGGUGGCCAAGCUCAAACGCAAGGUCUUGGAUGAAAUUGAGGAAAAUGGGAUCCACAUUUAUCCUUUACCUGACUGUGACACUGACGAGGAGGAAGAUUACAAGGAACAGGUGAAGCAACUGAAGGAAGCGGUGCCAUUUGCGGUAGUGGGCUCAACAACUGUGCUAGACGUGGGAGGCAAGAAGGUGCGAGGGCGGCAAUACCCCUGGGGUGUCAUUGAAGUAGAGAAUCCAAGCCAUUGUGAUUUUAUCAAAUUGCGAUGCUUACUUGGUACCCACAUGCAGGACCUGACUGAAGUAACCCAGGAUGUUCACUAUGAGAACUACCGGUCAGAGAGGCUGGCCAAGGGUGGUGCAGCUCCUCCCAUGUCUUCCUCCAACACCAACACUUUGGCUGCCAACAAUGCACAACCAAAUGGAAAUGGUCUAUCAUCAUCCAGCAAACUCAUAAACUCAUCUUCAUCAAUUGGGCCGGAGAAAGAUCGCAUGGCAAUUGAGCUGGAGGAGAAAGAGGCACAGAUCAGAAAGAUGCAGGAAAUGAUGGCCAGAAUGCAAGCCCAGCUUCAAGAUAAGAAGUAAGGUGGCAUCUUGUUAGCAUAGCCAUUUUAACAGUACAAUAAAGUACUUAGCAUAAUUAAAGAAUGUGAAGAAGGAUGACAAGUACUUAGUCAAAAGUGUAAGUUUAAGAACUAGCUCCCAGACUUUGACUAUUGUAUGUUUAGAACCAGACAGAACAAGUAGGAUUCAGUUGAGGCAGUAGAAGGAGAAUGCUGUGUCUUUGUGGAAUAUUGACACAAUACUCUAAGGAAUAAAAAGGGAAGUUACUAAAGAUGACUCAUUGAUAUUGGUAACUUCACAUUGCAUUUGCUUUUUAUAUAUAAAUUUUCCAAAUGGUUAUCAUAAUUCUUUAACCAUAGCACUGUUAUGAACCAAUUAUAGUCACAGUUAAACCUGCACCUCAUGGGUUUAGGUAAGGAGUCUAAUAUCCUUCUCCGCCCCACCAAAGACUUCACAGAGCCUUGCCUGAGUCCCACACCUGCUCAGUACUGCAUGAACCAAAGGUGGCUCAAAUGGCUCUGUGGUAAUGUACCAGUGGACCACUUUACUGGGUGAUCUGAUCAAUUUUGCCUUAAAUUUAGCACUCUGCAUUUUGAUGAGAUGCAUUUUUUCAGCACCAACCCUGUAAGUAUAGAAAAUUAAUUGAUGUAUCUUAGAAUUUUUCCCAGAACACAAAGCAGACCAAUGAUAAUUAACAUUUGUGCAAAAUAAUGCCUGAAAUGUGCAUAUGAACUGUGUAGGAGACUCAAUUCUGUGGUGAGCUUAGUAAAUUGAACAUGAGGGUGAUUGAAAUAGUCUAAAUUGUGUUUCAUUUAUGUACUUUGGAGUUUUAAUAUAACCAUGAUGCUGUAUGUAAGUACUGACAUCAUCUUAAAGUUAGAAAGCAGCAUCAUAUAAAUUCUACCAUUAGACUAAACCAUAAUUCACUGGGUAACACUCAGACCCUAAGCCUCCAGUGCUGUGUCAUGCAAAGGACCUUAUUUGUGAGAGAAGUGAAUAUGAAGGAACCUUAAAGAGAGGUGAAUAAUUGCUUCACAUAUUAAUCAUAAUUGAACCUUACCACAGCCACCUUAUUAGGAAUAUUGUCUGGGUAUUGACUGGAUGAAGUUGUGGCUAGAAAUAGAAGCUGUAGUAAGACCAUUGCUCAUCAUAUGAAUGCAGUUGAAGUAGGAGUGAAUGCUGGCCUUGUGUUCCUUUAAUCUUACUUCACAAGCUUCAUGUCCAUCACACAAAGGCAGAUGAAGUAAGAGUGAACACUGCUUGUGUGUUCCUCUAACCUUACUUCAUGCGUUAGUUUUUAUAUUUGAAAAGUAUGGCCAGUUUGUUUUAAAGUAAUCUUGAACAUUUUCCCAUGACUCUCUCUUUUGAAUCUAUGUAGGAAGUAUUACAUUAGUAGCUUUGUUGGAAAAGCUACAAGACAGCUUUACUUUAUUGCAUAUCAACUUAAAGGUGGAUGAUGAUUUGAUAUUUUGAAUGUUUCCUGUAAUUUGAACUGUUAUUUUCUUCAGAAAUACAUAAUUGUAACAGCAGAUGCAAAGUAGGGCUGCCAAAUAUUUGGAUGUUCUGUAAAUUAAUUCUUCAUCUUUGUUGCAAAUAUAUUCUGAGAAGUCUUUUUUAUACUGUCUCUAAUGCUGCAUAUUGUCUUCCAUAUUUGCAAAUCAGAUUUUAUGGACUGCUCCUCAAUCAAAUCUAAAAGCAGGUCUACUGUUAAGUUGAUCACCACUGCCAGGACUGAUCCAGGUCAUUGUUUUUACCAAGUUUUGUCUUUUUAAUAAUUACUGUGAUGUCAUUCUUUUCAAAUUUUGGGAGCCAGAGAUAUGUCUUUUUUUUUUUCUUUUUUUUUUCCUCUCCUUAAACCAUUAAAUGUUAUGUUUACAACGUAAGUGCAAGAAACCAAACACACUCAUUACAGUAGAAGUUUUGCCUUUACCGCCUGUAAGGAGGAGGCAUUUAAAGUCAGGGCUUACAUCUUAUAUUGUUAGCAUGGAGUUUCUCUUAUAUAUAAUAUUAUUUGAUAUUGGCUGUUAUUAAAAACUGACCCAGUAGUUGAUUCAUAUCGUAUUCUGAAUUGAGAAUAUCUACCUAUGUAAAUUUCCAUAGAUUUUGUGUGUGAGCAACAAGAGAGCAAUUUGUUAAUCACUUAUUUUCAUGAUCAGUGAUCACAUAAACCAAAUGUUGAGUCCUUUAUAAGGGAGUGUAUCUCCUCAGUUACCUCCAGAAUACAUGCCAAUAUUUGCAUGCCCAAUGUAUUAUGUACUAGAUAUAAUAUGCAAUUUUGAAUACUUUACAUUAUGCCAACAUUUUGUUUGCUUUAGCCUCCUAAUAAGUUAUUGCUCUCUUCUCCAAACCUUAUUUAGAUUGGGAGACAAAUCAGUAAACCUCGCACAGGUGAUAUUGAGUCACUUUUUGAACACACACACACACACACACACACACACACACUCAUCUACCUGUUGUGAAAUUGAAGAGCAUCUUGCCAUGCUAAAUCAGUAUGCGUAAGCUAAGUGUGCCUUAAAAAUAAGAAUAGUAUAGAGUUCAUUGAUAUUAAGAUAAUUACAUUCUGCCUAAAUGUUACUUUGGGAUUAAUUAAUUAUGACCGUGUAGCUGUCCAGUGAAUGAAAGUAGUAUUAGCAGUAGUGUAUUUUGUUGUUUUCCCAUUGUUAUUUAUUAUUUCCAAAAAUUUCUCCUCUAGUCUUCAGCUCUAGGAAGUUUAUUUAAUUAUAUACUGUAGACAUUUACAUUUUUUUACUGUUUGUUUGCAUGGAUCAAUUUUUGAUAAGGGAAACAAAACCAGCUGGUAAUGGCAAUUGGAAUACAAUAUUAUGCCACAUUCCAUUUUUAUGUUUUACAUAAUUUUUUUCACAUUUUUAGUUAUCAGUUGAGAAAACUUGUGGUACUUUUUUAAUGUUUCUUGGUUUUCAGUAUGUGCCAUUAAGGUUAAGCUUUCAGGUGAAAUCAGUGUAUGCAAUAAAGUCAGUCUUUA